UCUCCCUCCCUCGGCCAGUCUCCCACCCCUUAGCCUGGGCAGUGGUCAUCAUCAGAGAGACACCUUCUGUCUCAUCUCCUGGGACGCGCAACCCCCCCAAAAAACUGGAUUCUCUGUGCCUUCCAUCAAGGUUCCAUGUGAACAACUCCAAGCCAAGCAACAUGUCCAGGUCCGAUGAGGUGAACAGACUAACGGAGAACGUUUACAGAGUCAUAUUAGACCAAUUCAACCCAAGCUUAAGGAACUUUGUGACGAUGGGAAAACACUAUGAGAAAGCACUCUCAGGUGUGACUGUAGCAGCAAAAGGCUAUUUUGAUGCCCUCGUAAAACUCGGUGAACUAGCAAGCAUUAGCCAAGGGUCUAAGGAGCUUGGGGAUACAUUAUUCCAAAUGGCUGAGGUUCAUCGGCAAAUACAAGUUCAGCUAGAGGAAGUUUUGAAACUUUUCCACUCUGAACUCUUGGCUCAACUGGAACACAAGCUGGAAUUAGACAUCAAGUAUUUGACUGCGACGCUGAAAAAAUACCAAGUUGAGCAUCGGUCCAAGAGUGAGUCUAUUGAAAAAUGUCACUCUGAGCUGAAGAAACUGAGGAAGAAGUGUCAAAACAGCAAGAACCCCCAAAAGUAUGGAGACAGGGAAGUGCAGUAUGUAGAAAUCAUGAGCACCAAGCAGUGUGAGCUGGAACAGUUCGUGGCAGAGGGAUACAAAUCUGCGCUUACUGAAGAACGCCGCCGCUACUCCUUCCUGGUGGACCGUCAGUGUGCCGUGUCCAAACACUUUAGUGCCUAUCACAGCAAGGUAAAGGAGCUGCUAAGUGCCAAGCUUCCUUCGUGGCAGCAGUCAUGUACGCAGCCCACCAAACUUCCUGAACGAGCCCUGGUUCUGGUAAAACAAACUGCCAACAACUCUGCGGAGCCAGUAAUCUCAGAUCCGGUGCCAAGCACCAAACCGCUGGAGGUACCACCAGAGCUAGCACCACUCAUCGGAGGAGGUCUUUCCUUAAAUCACCGCAUGUCCAUCCAAGAGGUUCUUCCUAUUCCAAAUGGUGAGACCCAUCGUACUAGACCCUCGCGUGAUCUGGGGAACCCAACUGUUGUGGAUUCAUUAUCACCUACUCAAGUGACUCCUCUACAACAAGGUCCGCCAUCUUCCCCGACACCACCACCCCCAAAGGUGAAUGAGAUGUAUUCCUGUACCUUACCAAUGCCUCGCAAACCUGCAUCGGAGAACAGAUUGGCCACCUUGGUGGAAAAUAAGACCCUACCUCGAAUCAGCCCCUUAUCGGUGUUACCCCCUCGUGUGGAACGACGUAGAGUGCAAGCUGUCUUCUCACACACAGCCGGGGAGAACAGCAACCUUCUCAAUUUCCAGGAAGGCGAUAUUAUUCUUCUGCUUGUACCAGAGGCCAGGGAUGGCUGGCAUUAUGGAGAGAACGAAGCUACCAAAAUGAAAGGUUGGUUUCCAUUCUCCUAUACUCGCCCAUUGCCACCAGCAGAAACCUCAGAGAAGCCCAACUCCGGUUUCCCAUUAAGUAAGUUAAACAGCAGCAGCACUGGGAACCUGGACAAAGUGGGAAUAUUACCCUCCGAGUCUGAAAGCAUCAGAAAGGAUGCAAUGAGAUACGCUCCGUCGCCUCGCACCAGUACCUUCCGACAGCGACCAUACAGCAUGAUCAACCCUGACCUGGUGCAGCUUGCAAAUGAAUUUGGAAGCCCAUCUUCCUCUCCUUCCAGAAACAACCCAUUCGCCCACGUCAAGCUGAAACGCACCAUCACCAAUGACCGCUCGGCGCCGGUAAUCCAGUGACCUUGCAUUCCGGACACCAUUGUCUCCAAGCUGCUUCAAGAUAUGCCUGAAGAUGGACAAAAAAAAAAGAUCCUAUUGACUUAUCUCCGUGGAACGCAGCGCACUAAUGUAAUGCUGUUUGAAGGGCUGCAUCAUUAAAUCGUUAUAACUGUGGAAGUGUUCUGUUUACAGCAACCUCAUAGGACUUCUCCUGCUUCGUACAGCUCGACUUGCGUGUCGGAAUCCUCGGAUCUCGCUAGCAUGUAAAAUGAGACUUUAUAACGUCAGUGAUUUCAAACACCCCCACGUGCUGCACCUUUCUAAUGACGUAUCGGUGGAACGACCUUGUCAGUAUUAAACAGAAAGUGACUUUCAAGAGUUACUCGGAAGCUACAAAAAGAAUGAGUUACGACGAGCCUGGGCAACACGCUAAUGGUUUAUUUUAUGUGAACACACUGGGGAUGAUCUAAGUCUUCAAUUUUUGCUUUUACAAUUAAUAAGAAAACAGAUUGUAAAAGUGUUUCUAGGUAUACGUGGUAUGGCAUUGGCUCUUCUU